AUGUCCCUUCACCUCUGCAACCCCACCACCUUCUCCUCCCUCCCCCUCCCCCUCUCCGCCUCCCUCCUCUCCCUUACCACCACCCCGGUAACCAACUACUCUGCCUCCGUCCCAGCCAUCUACCGCCUCACCGCCCCCGCAAUCGCCUACACCAACCUCUCCUUCUGCAACAUCACCCUAACCUACACCCACCCAGGCCAAAACGACAGCAUCAUCAUCGAAACCUGGCUGCCCGCCGCCUCAUCAUCAUCCAACCUCACCACCAACCCCACCAACCCCUGGAACUCCCGCCUCCUAGCCGUAGGAGGAGGCGGCUACCAAGCCGGCCGCUUCGACCUCUCCUACGCCGGCAUGCAAGGCGGCCUAGGAGAAGGCUACGCAACCAUCACCACCGACGCCGGCCUCGGGUCCGACACCACAGCCCGUCGGUGGGCGCUGCUAAGCGAAGGAAACGUGAACUUGUAUAACCUCCUCAAUCUGGGGAGCGCAAGUCUUGGUGAUAUGGGCUUGAUAGGUAAAGAAAUCAUCAAGGCUUUUUACGGAAAGGGGCCGGAAUACAGCUACUUCAAUGGGUGCUCCCAGGGCGGGAGGCAAGGGAUGGUACUUGCGCAGAGGUUUCCGGGCUUGUUUGACGGGAUUGUUGCCGGGGCGCCGGCGGUGUAUUGGAGUGAGGCGAUGGGCGGGUUUCAGUGGCCACAGGUGGUGAUGAAUGAGGGGGGGGAGUGGCCGUUCGGUUGUGAGGUUGAUGCUAUUGGGGAGGAGGCCACGAAGCAGUGUGAUGGGUUGGAUGGGGUGGUGGAUGGGAUUGUGCAAGAGGUGGAGGAGUGUUUGGGGGUGUUUGAUCCGUUUGGGAUGGUGGGGAGGGAGGUUGAGUGUGCUCAGUUGGGAGGGAGGGUGAUCAUGAUCACGGAGGCGGCGGCCGCGGUGGUGAACAAGACUUGGCAUGGGAGGGAGAGGGUGGAUGGGAGGAAGGUAUGGUAUGGGCUUGUGCCGGGGAGUGAUUUGACUGUGAACGGGUCUGGAAUUGUGGCGACGAAUUGUACCGAGGAGGGGUGUGUUGGAAGGGAAAACCCGCUUGGGAAGGACUGGUUUGAGUUGUUUGUUGAGAAGAGCUCGACGGCGGAUGUUUCCAACAUGACUCACAGGGAGCUGGAUCGCUAUGUGAAAGCCACCAAACAGGACUUUGCUUCUUUGCUCGAGACAGACGACACAGACUUGGCUGAGUUUAAGAGACAAGGCGGCAAGUUGAUCAGCUGGCAUGGGCUGAUCGAUCAGCUCUUGUCCCCCAAGGCCACCGAGCGGUAUUAUCAGGAUGUGUCUGCCAUUGUGUCGGAGACACAGGAGUUCUACCGACAUUACGAAGUCCCUGGUCUUGAGCAUUGCUUUGGCGGCCCGAGUGGAAACCCCCUCGAGCUGUUGGGACAACUGCGGGCUUGGGUCGAGCAGGGCAUUGCUCCUGAGGCUUCGCCCGUGAAUGUGACUAGGUUGGAUGGCACGACUGAGGCUAGGGUAGUGUGCCCGUAUCCUCAAAAGGCCAAAUUCGAUGCGUCUUGCACAGGGGUGGCGUGUUGGACCUCCCUGAGACUCAGCUGCCAUGCCCUCGCCCCGGUCGCCGCCAGCCGGCUCUUCUUCCGCAUCUACAUAUCCAAACUCAUUGCCGACCGCGACGCGUUUCUCGCUAUUUGCAACAGUCCUCACCUAGUUCAGCACGUGAGGGAAGUUGAGUGGCUUGAGAUUUGCUACGCCCUCGGUGACUUUGGCAACAAAAACAAAACUAUCCCCAAGAUAUACCUUGAGGACGGCAAGGAACUUGGCGUCCUCGACGGUCUACAUCAGCACAUGGAAACUGCAUCUACAUCCCUGUUCUGGCUAUUCAACACCCCCGCACAUCCCUCGCGGGAUGGCGUCGACUAUGAUGCGAUUACCGCUACGCGGGAAAAUACUAUUGCCUCGUUCCGUCCCAUUUUCGAAGCAGCUGUCGACAAUCUGCCCAACCUACAGACUUUCGUCUCACGUCCCAUGACCUCGCAAAGGACUUUGUUCGAUCUGGAGUAUCCCAUCAGCACUUGUCACCUUCAAACCCUCCAAAAUGAGACUGAGGAGAACCCGGAAACAAAUGAUUGGCUUUUUCUCUUCCUCCUCCCCGUCAUGGGUAGACCGGCAUCGGCCGUGGCAAAUCUGCGCUGGUAUGACGAGUUCCCCAGCUGUACCUUUUCCCGCCCGUUCCCGGACUCGGCAUUCAAGGGCCUGGAAUCACUCGAGAUAAUCAUGAUGGAGUGGAUGAGGAGGGGUUUUCCCGGCGAUGCGUUGGCGGGACUAGAAACGGCACUGUUGAAUGCAGCGCCAAAGCCUACCAUGGACGUCGACUCAACGUCAGUCGAACACUAUUCUCAAGCCUUGACUCUUGGAGGCACCAUGCUCAAGUGGCUCGGCAACGGUCAAUUCGCUCUGCGGUCCUUGAGCCUGUCCUCCAUGAUUCCCUCACCAGGCCCCUUGCCGCAACUCAUCAAGGCUAACGCCACCUCACUGCGCCAUCUAUGCCUCGAUAACAUCCCUGUCUCUUCGCAACAGAUACGAGACAUGGCUCAAAUCCAGGGGCUCCAGUUAGAGUCUAUACAUAUAGUUCGGAAUGAAGAGGUGGCGUAUGGCGAAACCUCUCUGUUGGGGGACGUCUACGAUGACACCAGUGAUGGUGUCUCAGAGGUCGGGGACGAAGCCCUACUAAAUCCCGAAUCGUCAGGGUCUGGCAAUGGCUUGCUUAGGACAGAGUUUGUCACGGAAGCUGCUCUGCUCCGAUAUUUGCGAGGUCAAGCACCUGUCAACGACGAUGUACGGCGGGUAUACGAUGCGGUCAAUCCCUACAACCGCGUCUUCAUCUCCACACACACGAGAAGCGAAGACGACUGCGGCGCGAGCGAGAGAAGCUCGGAGGAUGACAGCAUCGAACACCGCCGGAGCACUGCGCCAAGAUGGGCAUGGGGACGAUACUUUCACGUCCCCGGCCACAAAAUCCGUGGCUUGGUAUUUGCUUUCCCGGUCCCUGAGGGAGGAACGGUUCGUGGACAUAAAACGGAACGGUGGAGUUUUAUAUCUCGCGACGGCCGGGUGGCAUACGGGGAUGACCCUUGGGAAUGGUUUGAGGACUGGGAUCCUGACGCUUGGGACCGAGAGGAGCCGCUGCCGUACUGCGCGGCCCUCGAGGAGUUUGCCAACUUGAAAGCCGACGCCGAAGGUUUGAGUCCGGAAGAGUACUUGGGAGAGCGUUGGGAGGCGCGGGGGUUGUGGCCACCCGAGGGGGCAAUUCAGUAUAACAGUAUUGACAACCAGGAGAGCAAGACGCAUCAAAGACUGCGAUGA